AGCGUUGCUGGUAGCUCGUUAUUGUUGCACCAGUAAGGUUAUGGCUGCAGUGCAGCAAACCAACAUAAGCACUGACCAGUCUGCUCUACUAGCUCUCAAAGCACAAAUCUCCAGCGACCCUCAGAACAAGAUCUUGACAAACUGGACGUCCAACUCCGACGUUUGCAACUGGCUUGGGGUUACUUGCGGUGAACGCCACCUUAGGGUCGUAUUUUUAAACCUCUCUGAGUUUCAUCUCACUGGCACCAUUCCUCCUGAGCUAGGAAACCUCUCAUUUCUUGCUGGGAUGCGCCUAGAAAAUAACAGCUUCCAUGGAAAUAUCCCCCGGGAAUUGGCUGGUUUGCGGCGACUGACUUUGUUUAGCAUUGGAUUCAACAACUUUGUGGGAGAGAUUCCAUCAUGGUUGGGGUCCUUGUCCAAACUGCAAAUCCUCAAUUUGUAUGGCAAUGGAUUUUCAGGUUCAAUACCUACGGUUAUCUUCAACUUGUCUGCACUACAAGUACUUGAUCUCAAAUAUAAUCAACUAUCAGGUACCAUACCUAAAGAAAUCGGGAACUUAACAAUGCUGAAGAUGCUGUAUCUAGACUCAAACAAUUUUAAAGAACUUCCAAAUGAGAUUGGUGCUUUAGAUUUGGAGGAACUGUUCGUUCAAGAAAACAGCCUAGAAGGUCUUGUUCCUGCAGGUGUCUUCAACAUGUCUUCUAUGACUACUCUGAAUCUACUUGGUAACCGUUUGAACGGCAGGAUUCCAGACAAUUUGUGUAGGAAUCUCCCUAAUCUUCAAGGAUUGAAUUUGGCUUACAACCAAUUUGAGGGUUCACUUCCUUCAAGCUUAGAGCAGUGCAAUCAACUUCUGGUAUUAACAUUGGGGUCUAACAAUUUCAGUGGAAGUAUACCUAGAAAUAUUGGAAACUUGACGCAGAUCAAGUAUCUUCAUCUUGGUUCAAACAAUUUGACAGGGACAAUCCCACACGAAAUUGGUCACCUUGGAAACUUAGAGACGUUAUCACUUGGCGCCAAUAAUCUCAAUGGCAUCAUCCCAUCAGAAAUCUUCAACUUAUCCUUGCUAACAGGAAUCGAUUUAUCUUUGAAUCAACUCACAGGUAGUCUCCCUGCAAAUAUAGGCCUUGCCAUUCCAAACUUACAAGAGAUCCAUAUAGGAGGCAAUAACCUUAGCGGAGAGAUCCCAAACUUCAUCUCCAAUGCUUCUAAGCUCACAAAACUAGACAUGGGGCCAAACUUAUUUUCUGGGUUUAUUCCUGCUACUCUAUGUGCCUUACCAAAUCUUCAGUGGCUUUUACUGUCACUGAAUAACUUGAUGAUUGAUACAUCUUCUCCAGAAGCGAACAUUUUCUCAUGUUUACCUAAUCUCAGAAAUCUGAGGAUGUUAAGCCUGGUAGGGAAUCCUUUAAGCACCACCCUCCCUGCUUCCCUCGGGAAUCUCUCUACAUCACUACAAUACAUCGACUUCAGAGGAUGCAACUUCAGGGGUAACAUUCCCAGCAAGAUUGGCAACUUGAGCGGCUUGACAACCUUGUACCUGGCAUUCAAUGAACUGAGUGGAACAAUUCCAAUGACACUGGGAAAACUACGGAAUCUCCAAGGUUUGUAUUUGACUGGUAACAAAUUGCAAGGAAACAUACCAGAUGAACUUUGUCAGCUAGAUAACCUAGCUGAUUUAGAAUUGUAUAGUAAUGAACUGUCUGGUACUAUACCUUCCUGCUUAGGUAACCUAUCCAGAUCACUAAGAAGGCUACUUUUGAGCUACAAUAUGUUAACCUCCACAAUACCUUCUUCCUUGUGGGAACUUAGAUACAUCUUGUUGUUAGGGCUGUCAUCCAAUAGUCUAAGUGGACCUCUUGCAGAAGAUGUUGGCAAUUUGGAAGUGGUGGCAUAUAUAGAUUUAUCAAACAACCAUUUAUCAGGUUCAAUGCCGAGCAGCUUUGGGGGUCUUGAAAAUUUGGUCUCACUCUCUUUAGCAAAUAAUAAUUUCGUAGGCAACAUUCCUAGUUCAAUUGGGAACUCCCUAAGCCUAGCACUCCUGGAUUUAUCCAACAACAGUCUUUCUGGAGUCAUUCCAAAGUCUCUAGAAGCACUCUCACAUCUCCAAUCUCUGAAUUUGUCUUUCAACAAACUGGAAGGAGAAAUUCCAACAGGAGGACCUUUCGAAAACUUCUCUUCCAAUUCUUUCGUCUCAAAUGGUGCACUCUGUGGUGCACCCCGAUUGCUUGUUCCACCAUGCAAAACGAAAGCAGCUGGAAGAUCUCUCCCAAAGUAUAUAAUAAUAGGCAUCUUGCCAGCAAUUAUUCUCAUAGUAGGCCUUGCUUCCAUGAUGAUGCUCCGCAGAAAAAGGAAUGUGGAACCUACAACAGAAAUGACCCUGUUACCUAAUCCUCUUUGGAGACAAGUUUCACACUUAGAACUUCUAAGAGCAACAGAUGGGUUCAAUGAAAGCAACAUAAUCGGCUCUGGGGGUUUUGGCACAGUAUAUAAAGGCAUCUUAUCGGAUGGGAUAGACGUUGCAAUAAAGGUAUUCAAUUUAGAAGUAGCAGGGGCUCUCGGGAGUUUUGAUAAUGAAUGUCAAAUGCUAAGCAAUAUUCGUCAUCGAAAUCUUCUCAAAAUCGUCAGUUGUUGCAGUCAAAGAGACUUCAAAGCCGUGGUACUGAACUACAUGCCUAAUGGGAGUCUUGAUAAAUGGUUGUAUUUAGAGACCAUUUCCUUAAACAUCCUGCAGAGGUUGGAUAUAGUGAUCGAUGUUGCAUCAGCAUUGGAAUACCUUCACCAUGGUUAUGUAACACCUAUCAUCCACUGUGAUCUGAAGCCUAGCAACAUACUGCUAGAUGAUGAUAUGGUCGCACAUGUUGCUGAUUUUGGCAUGGCAAAGCUCUUAGGUGGUGGAGAUUCUAUGACUCAGACCAUGACCCUAGCCACCAUUGGUUAUAUGGCUCCAGAGUAUGGAAUAGAAGGAAUAGUUUCAAGAAGGGGGGAUGUGUACAGCUUUGGUAUUGUACUGAUGGAAACAUUCACAAAAAGGAAGCCAACAGAUGAGAUGUUUGGUGGAGAGAUGAGUAUGAAGCAGUGGGUUGCAAAUUCUCUGUUUCCAGAUGGAAUAGUUGAAGUUUUCGAUGCCAAUUUAUUUGGGACUCAAGAGAACGAUGAUUUUGUGAGCAAGGAGUGUUUAUCAUCCCUUAUGAGACUGGCUCUGAAGUGUUGCUCAGAAUCGCCAGAAAAGAGGGCAAGUAUGCAAGAUGCUCUAGCCACGCUCAAAAAAAUCAAGAUAAAGUUUUUGAAGGACGCUGCAGAAGGUGCGGUGUUAAGAAGCCCUCUUGUAGAGCAGCCUUUGAUUGACAAAUUAUAGCAACUUCAUGCCCUAGAAUAUGUCAGUUGAAUUUCUAGGACUAGUAGUUAGCUCUUUGUAGUUUUGUGAUGGUUUAAGUAAAAUAUGCAUUAAAUUUUAUGGAUAAUGAUUAGAAGCUCUUAGCAUAAGUAUGUAACCACCAUACUCAUAAAGAAGUGAACUUAAAGGAAGAAACACAAGGUUUUAGGAAAUGAGUAUCUACCAGGUUUAUGCCCCUAAACUUCAGUUGAGUCCUUUCUCGACUGCAGAAAAUGGUGACCUGAAAAAUUUGGUAUUCUUCUCAUUUAUAGUAAAAAAGCUAACUUUAAUGCACUGAAAGGCGGAGUUACGAGAACAGAAUCAUUUACAUUCAAAACACUGUUUGGUAUGUAAAAGUUAAAACCACCUAAUGGCAAACGUGAUUACAGGACAAAGGACAACUCAGAAUAUAUAUAAAAGUAAAGGGAUCUUUUUGUUUAUUCAAUGAUAAAUGUUUAAAAUGCUACACAGGC